UGUGAGUCCUUUAGAGCAUAUACGGUAUAUGCUCCAAGGAGUGCUCGCCACAUUCACGCACACUGACGCACACCUUGAUUGCGGCUUUGGAGCCGAGUUCCGUGCGAAUUGCGUCAAGUCGUCAAGCUUCGCAACGGAAUGAACGAUCAUGACCCCGUAUGUAUAAUUUUACUUUGAAACUAUGUCGAUAAAUUAUAUUUUGCACAAUGCCAUGACGAUCAUCCACACUUACAGCGUGUGAAAUUCGAGUCCACAAAAUGGCGUAGAAAAACCGUCUGGUCCUAAGAAACGUCAAUCCUUAUCUGAAUUUAGAAGAGGUCGUUUUAACGAUCAGAGUGACACAAUGGGUAAGAAAAAAUCACUCAAAAAUGGUUCGUGUAGUAGUCCAGCUAAGGCAGGCCUCGAACCACGGAAAGAAAGCUCUUCCCCAAGUUCUCCGAGUUCUCCUAGUUUUAGCAGUACUGAAAGUUCUCCUAUCAGGGAUGAAGAAGGAGUUGAAUUUCUUCGCUGCAGAAGAGGGCCUGUAUCCCCUCAUCUGUACCCACUGCUUGAUGGAUUGGAGGAAGUGAAUGAUAAGUUGGAUCUAUCAACUUGCAACCAACACGCCAAUCAGUCUCGAGAUACUUCAAGCUCCAGUAUCAGUUCUAAGCCAAAAUUUACCCCCGAAUCAAAAAAACGUUUGAAACGAAAUAAAGACGAAAAAUCGAAUUGGUUCAUGCCGAAGAUUAUGAUAGGUGCCUUCGUAUUGUUUGUAAUUGUACUUGUAAUUGUGUUUGUACCUGUUUAUUUUAAUCUACCGUAUGCGGAAAAUAGCAACGCAACAGUCGACUUUGAUGUAUUUGAUGAUGUGAAUUCAAGGAUGAAUGACAUAGUAAAACUUUUUCCAUCCCAAAACGAAAGUAUUUGGUCAUAUUUCACAUCUGGCAUAGCAGAAGUGAAAAAUAAAAUGCACAGACCUGCAGUAUUUUUACUAUUGGCGCCUGUAAGUGAUACUACAGCAAUUUGCUUGGCUAAGAAGGUGGCCGAAGUAACUCGUUCUACUCUUGGGGGUACCGGCGACGCAAUGCUGAGUCCGGAUGAGUUGGAGAAUGAUAUCAACAAAGUAUUCAAAUUGAUAAAGGAGCAAGUCACGAGAACCAAAACUGCGAUUUUUUUGGACUUAUUGAACAUUAAACCACAGGCUCUCAGGGCAUUACACGAUAUAUGUGAUCCGGACUAUCCGUUGGUCAAGGAGGCUGUAUAUCUGAUUAUUAUGAAAUCGGAAUUAUACAAAGAAUCCGAAAAUUUGGUAGGUUUUGCUGAGCAGCAACUUAACAAUACGUUUUCAAGUGUUAUAAGUGAAGAUAUAUUGCGUCCAUUAAUUACCAGGAUCACUGCAGGCGCGGUGCUACCUAUUAGAGCAGAAAAGAAUCUGCCAUGUUCAAAAUACGAUAUAUCAUAACUUAAAGCUGCUCACCGACAUUUAUACAUACGUAACAAUGUGAUGCUUAACCAUUUAAUCCUUACCUGAUUUAUAAAUAUUAUAAAUUAACUGUACACGAAGCUGAUCAUUAUUUAUACUCUAAGUUGAUAAUAUUCAACCAUAAUAUUUUAUACGUUUUGUUGCUUUUAUCAAAGAUUUUUUUGCAUCACCCUAAGUGCCGUAAAUUAAUUCUACAUUAAAUUUGUAAUUAUUUCAAGUAUUAAUAUCAUAAGUAAUUGAAGGAUAGGACUAAUGUGAAUGUUAAAUGAAAACAUAACAUAAUAUACAUUUUUAUGUCGUUUUUUUAUUAAAGCAGUAAAACUUUGUUUUUGAAAAGAAAAAAAAAAAAAUUAGUGAAUUUACUUACCACAUUUUGACACUGAUAAUUAGUAUCUCACAGUUUAAAUUUGGAUAGGAUUUCCGUCUAAACUGAAGUGAUUGUAGAUGGUUUAUUAUUUCAAUUUUAUUUUAUUUAUGCCAAAUGAUCAUACACAGAAAACACAAUGUUUCAUGUCAAUGAAUCUCUCAUUAGUAAUAUAAUGAGAAAAAAUCUAGCUCUGUUGUGUAUUUGCUUUUGAUUAACGUUUCCUGAGGUUUUUUGCCGUUGGUUCUAUUGGCAUAAACUAUUUCAAAAUCUAUUUGUUUUUUGUAAUUAAUAUGUAUUCCAUAAUGAAGAACACAUUCCCAAUUUUUCAUAUCGCAGUAAUGUUUCACUAGCUUCAACCUGUAUGUAUGAAGUAGAGUUAAAAAUAAGAUCAAAAUAACGUUCUAUGUGUAUGAUGUUGAAUCAUUGUGUUGGCAUUGUGGCGUAGCAGUCAGCAGUCCUUGUACUGUUAUACAUAACGUCACGAAUCACAUAGAUUUGCUCCCAUUGCCAAUUUGUAAUCAAUCUUUACCCAGAAUUGCCUCAAUUCAAAUAUUAAAUAAAAAUAAAUGUCCAUAUUUUACUCGGAACGACAAUCUGGGUAAAUGCGUUCGGGUAAAGAUAUGUUGAUUUCAACUCCAAUAUUUCUUCCACAAUAAUUGGGAAUAUUUAUUCCCAAAUAUUUUUGCAUAAAAUAAAUGUUAUUGAACUUUACACAUGCAAUCCCGCCUUUGUGAUAAAAUUCCAGAGGAAUUUUUUUACAUACAAAAACGAAUCGUGCACAAGAAACUAUCAAAUUAUCAAAAAUUGGCAAGGGGUACUCAAGAGCUGUUA